AUGUCUGGAAUCAAAAGGACGACAACGAUUCUCAAGAUAAUUGGAAACGAUGACAAUUCUCGAACGAGAGAAUUGAACAAUCAAGAUGGGAAAAAGAAUGAAAAAGAAAUUGCACUCCCAUAUCUCCCUCAAGCAUCAUGCUCUCUCCAGGUCUUUAAUUACUUGGGCGAGCUGAAUGACUCACUAUCCUAUGCCCUUGGAGCUGGUCCUCUGUUUGAUGUUUCACAGGAUUCUGACCAUGUCCAUACUCUUCUAGCUAAGGCUAUAGAUGAAUAUGCUAUUUUCAAGUCUAAGGCUGAUGAUUCUAUAAAAGUGGACCCAAGAAUGGAAGUGAUUGUAGAGAGAUUGUUGAAUAAGUGUAUUGUGGAUGGAAAAUACCAACAAGCUAUGGGAACUGCCAUUGAAUGCAGGAGAUUGGAUAAACUCGAGGAAGCAAUUACAAGAAGUGACAAUGUUCAAGGAACUCUAUCAUACUGCAUUCACGUCUCUCAUUCCUUUGUGAAACUUAGAGAAUACAGACAGGAGGUUCUCCGUCUCCUUGUUAAAGUAUUUCAAAAGCUUCCAUCACCAGAUUAUCUGAGCAUUUGUCAGUGUCUUAUGUUCUUGGAUGAGCUAGAGGGGGUUGCGAGCAUAUUGGAAAAACUUUUACGUUGUGAAAACAAAGAUGAUGCUCUUUUGGCACUUCAAAUAGCUUUUGAUUUGGUCGAAAAUGAGCACCAAGCUUUUCUUCUAAAUGUUCAUUGCCAAAGUCUCAACCUUUAGAGCCCGUAGAGCCAGAACCCAGUGAUGCAGAUUCUACUCAGAAUGCUGGUGUUCAUUGCCAAAGUCUUUACUGGAGCCUUUGACUUCGGAUGUCGUUGAUUUUGUUCGUCAGGGUGUGCCCUUAUAGCAAUGGCUAUGCUCAUGGUUCAGAUUAGUGAAGCUAGUGAUUCACGUGUUGGAACCUUCAGGCUGACAAUUGGAGAAAAUUAUACUUGACAAGCAUGAGGAUACCAUGAGCAAGAUGGGUGCAAUUUUGGCCUCUGGAAUCCUUGAUGCUGGCUGGCUGAAGAAAUGUGACCAUAAGACUACUUUCUAAGACUAAGCAUGAUAAAAUUGCUGCAGUGGUUGGUCUUGCAGUUUUCAACCAAUUUUGGUAUUGGAACCCCCUUAUCUAUUUCAUAAGCUUGGCUUUUUCACCAACGGCUUUAAUCGGUCUGAACUAUGAUCUGAAAUCUCCAAAGUUUGAAUUCUUGUCUCAUGCAAAGCCUUCACUUUUUGAAUACCCCAAGCCUACCACUGUUCCCACUAAGCCAUAAAACAUGUCGGUGAAAGCAAAUUCAAUCAUUUAAGCAAAAAACCAUAAAACAUUGAAGGCUUAAUUGAUCUGCCGAUCCCU